AUGGCCCAGCUUCCUGUCGCUCUCUACGGGCUCGAGGUCCCCGCCGGCGAGAUCCUCAUUCCCGCCAACCCCGACUUCCCUGCCACUUUCCGCAUCACCAUGGCCGCCAUUGAUCCCUCUGAGGCUCCCGAGGCCGAUGCUGAUGGCAACAUUCCCGCUGUCCCCCGCUCUACCCUUCGCCUCGUCAAGCAGCGCUUCGGUGACGACCUCGAGGCCGGCGAGGAUGACGAGAUCGAUGAGGACUACCUUCAGUCUCUCAUUGACGCCAACGGCGAUGACGACGAGUCGUCCGAUGACGAUGAUGAGCCCAACGGAGGUCCCAGCGACCCCUCCAAGUCCAAGAAGCAGAAGCAGGCUGAGGCCCUUAAGAAGCUGAUCGAGGCCGUCAACGAGGAGGAGUCUGACGAGGAGAUGGACGAUGCCAAGCCCAACGGAAAGUCUAGCAAGAAGGGCAAGGGCAAGGCCUCUGAUGAUGAGGAGGAUGACGAGGAGAGCGAUGACGACGAGGAGGGCCUUGACCUUGAGAACUUUGUCAUCUGCACUCUCGACACCGAGCGCAACUACCAGCAGCCCCUUGACAUCACCGUCCAGGAGGGUGAGAAGGUUUUCUUCGUCGUUUCUGGUACCCACACCGUCCACCUCACCGGUAACUACGUUAUCGACGAUGAGGAGGAGGAGGGAUCCGACGAGGAUGAGGACGACGACGAGUACGACCUGUCCCCCGAUGAGCUCGAGUACGGCAUGCCCGAUGAGGACAGCGACGACCUUGACGACACCGAGGACCCGCGCGUCAUGGAAGUCGAUACCGACGAGGAGGAGGCCCCCAAGCUGGUCGAGACUGGCAAGAAGGGCAAGAAGCGCGCUGCCGAGAGCCUCGACGACCUGAUCAAGGCCGACGACGAGACCAAGACCUCCAAGAAGGACAAGAAGAAGCUCAAGAACAACAAGGGUGAGGCCGUCGCCGCCGAGGAGAAGACUACCCCCAAGUCCGACAAGAAGGUUCAGUUCGCCAAGAACCUCGAGCAGGGCCCUACCGGCUCCGCUGAGAAGGCCAAGCAGGCUGGCAAGCCCGCGGGUGGCGUCAAGGUCGUUCAGGGAGUCACCAUUGACGACCGCAAGCCUGGUACUGGCCGCGCUGUCAAGAACGGUGACAGCGUCAGCGUCCGCUACAUUGGCAAGCUCGACGACGGCAAGGUCUUCGAUGCCAACAAGAAGGGCAAGCCUUUCACCUUCAAGGCUGGCAAGGGCCAGGUCAUCAAGGGCUGGGACAUUGGUGUCAUCGGCAUGGCCAUCGGUGGUGAGCGUCGUCUUACCAUCCCCGCCAACCUCGCCUACGGCAACAAGAGCCUGCCCGGCAUUCCUGCCAAGAGCACCCUGACCUUCGACGUUAAGCUCCUUGAGAUCAAGUAA